AGCAUAACUCCCCCUAGCCUAGCACCCUACCAGCCACAAUGCAACACGUGCCUCUCAGGAGAUGCAAUUCGUCAGUUGUCUACCUGACCUGCUACCAGGAUGACAUGGUACACAACCAGGUGCCGGAGAACGAGCUGCGCAAGGCCGUGGUGGACCGCGUGCCCUCAGAGGCCGAGCUGCGCGUCCGACGGUCCCUGCAGAAGCUCAACAUCCCUGACUGGAUGAGGGACGCCCCCACGCCUGGGGAAGGAUUCCUCCUGAGGCGUACCUCCUCUAAUGCCCAGCCUCCUUGGGGGGUGGCCAAGCCCUGGGAUAAAGGAUCUACUUCGUCCAUAACAGAUGCCGGCGGCGGGACGACUAGCGGCGCUCGUCUCCCGCGCUACAACUCGACGACAACGUCACCCUCGUCGGUGGCGGCCUCCCCCGCCACGUCGGGGGCGUUCCAGUACGGCGGCGGCGGCGUGGGUGGCGGAGGACAUCCUUGGUCCCGCUGGUCCACGUCCCGCCUCAGCGGUGGGGACACCGCCAGCGCCUCCUCCAGACCCGCGUCGGGGACCACCACCCCCACCGGGUCCUUAUUUUCCCAGCGCUCUACCGCAUCCUACGGCAGGUCUCAACCAUACCUGGGGUGGCGUAGUCAGACCUCCCUGAGUGGGGAGAGCGGGAGGUACCUUGGGGCUGCAGAGCGUCUUGCCCUCACGAUGCCUCCUCACAAGCUCCUCACCAAGUCCUGCUCCGUAGACCAGUCCCCCAAGUCCACAUACCAAGCCAGUCCACUACCAAAUACGUCAACCAUUCGCCAGGAUGACAGCGAUUAUGGCGGCAUACCUACCACUAAACAACCCACUAGUUCAACCUCCUACCGACAACCCACUAGUGCAACCACCCGACAACCUACCAGAUCUACCACCAGUUCAACCCCAGUUCUGUCCAUCAGCGACCACCACUCUAGUUCAGAGGACCUCAAGCCUCCAGGCUGCGACAUCCACUCGUCCAUCAAAGAGGUCACUUCGGCCAUCGUCCACUACUGCACUGAACGUUACCCCCGGGCCUCAUCCCCCAGAGGGGGCCCGGGGGGGACUGGGGACCGACGGUCCCCCCGACAUUCGAACUCGGACCUCCGUCGUUCGGGGUCCCCGCGGCCCGUGUGGGUGGAGAGUUCAUUUGUGGGGUCCCGACCCCCCGACGCUUCCCCCGAAGCUACGGAACUCCCCCCACUGCCCCACCUCGUGCCCCCCGUGGUGGCCCCCAAAGAUGGGGGUGAGUUGAGGGUCUCGUGAAUCCCCUUUUGGGGGAAAAAGUUAUUAUAAUAUAGGAGACUUAAUGCGGUUAAUUUGAACCUGCAAUACAAUAUAUAUGCUAUGCCAGCCAAUGUACGAUAAGUAAACGACCAAACCGGAAGGUAAAUUUAAACUACAUUCAGAGGCUAAGAGUGCUACGUGCUACAUCGCGUGCUACAUUACAUGUGCUGCAUUGUACGUAUAACACUCGUGUACGAAGAUACAGAAAUCUUAAAUCAUAAUAGAUCCAAGCAUGUAAAAAAUAUAUAAUAAUGCUAAUAUGUAAGGUGACUGUUAAAUAUCAUAUUCAUUUAUCGACUCCCUUCUGGGGAUCAACCUGGAGGUCAACUGCAAGAACCCCUUCUGGGGUAAACAAAUGGGUUAAUUAAAUAUGAAACAAUAAUGUAAAUUAUAUUGAUCACCAGGUUGUGUACCACUAGAUACCAAUCUAGGAAGGGAAAAAUAUCUAUAACUGUAAGAAGCCAAUCUAUAAAAGUCACAAUUUAAAUUAAUUAUCAUUAUAACAUCUGGUAGAGAUCUAUAACCAUGGAUUUUUAUAGCAUUUGGGACCAAUUUGAGACUAAUGAUCACUAUGACAUCUGGGACCAAUUUAAACUAACUGUCAAUAUAGCAUUUGGGACUUGAAUUAGCAAUCAUUAUAGCAUUCGGGACCAAUUUAAACUAGCAAUCAAUAUACCUAGUAGCAUUUGGGAUUAAUCUAGAAGUAAUAGUGGUGCUUCUAAAACUUUUUGGAUUUAGGGGUAUGUCUUGACGACUGUCUCACGGGAGGGCCUUAGGUAAUGGGUAUAACACCCUUUGUUGUACCCUCUAUAAUGGGUAUAACAUGUCAUACGUAGGGGGUCCUGAGUUGUUUUGGUGAGUAUAAAUUGUCUUCUUGAAAUGUGUAACUCUAACAUCGGAGGGUAUGAGCUCCUCCGUUGCGGGUAUAACUGAACUUUUGAACGGUAGGAAAAAUAGGGGCACUAGAUGUACCGUCAAGGGGCACUAGGGGCACCGCCAGGGGCACUAGGGGCACCGCCAGGGGCACUAGGGGCACCGCCAGGGGCACUAGGGGCACCGCCAGAGGCACUAGGGGCACCUCCAGGCGCACUAGGGGCACCGCCA